AUGGCUGUCUACUGGAUGACUGAAGUGUUGCCGUUGGCCGUGACAGCUAUGCUUCCAGUGAUUUUGUUCCCGCUGACAAAUGUGAUGGAUAGCAAAGAGACCGCACUGCAAUUCAUCAAUGACACGAACUUCUUGUUCAUCGGCGGUUUGAUAAUGGCGGCUGCUGUCGAGAAGUGUGACCUUCACGAACGUGUUGCUUUGUCAGUACUGAAAAUGGUUGGCGGUGAACCAAAAUGGAUCAUGCUGGGCUUCAUGACUGUCACGGCUUUAUUAAGCAUGUUCAUUUCAAAUACGGCCACCACUGCGAUGAUGGUACCGAUUGGCCAAUCGGUAAUCGGUCAACUUGUGGCGUCGUACAACGCUCAUCCGGAAAAUGGUGUUCGCGAUCGAGCAGCGUGUAAGCGGAUGUCAACAGGAUUGAUGCUGUGCAUCUGCAUAGCGGCAAACAUUGGAGGUACUGGGACGAUCACUGGAACGCCAAGUAACCUGGUCAUGAUCGGAUCUUUGAACCAGUGA